CAUUGAUGCGCACUGAUAGGUGGCACUGACUGGCACUGAUAGGUGGCACUGACUGGCAAUGAUAGGUGGCACUGACUGGCACUGAUAGGUGACACUGAAAGGCAGCUCAGAUGGGCACUGAUAUGUGGCAUUGAUGUGCACUGGUAGGCACUAUGUGACAUUGAUGAGGCACUGAUGGGCACUGGCAGGUGGCACUGAUGAGCACUGACAGCUGGCAUUGAUGGGCACUGACAGGUGGCAUUGCUGGGGCUACACUGAUCAUCAGGGCACACUGAUGAUCAGUGCCCUGGUGAUCAGUGUACAUGUCCCCUCCGAGGAAUCUGUCAGCGUGACAGCUCGUGAGGAGAGAAAUGCUGAUAACCAG